UCGGCGUAUGUGAUUGGGUGCUGCUCGUUUCCGGUUAAAAACGGCUUCCGGUAGCCAUGUUCUUCCUAACGCUGGUUCACCCGUUCGCUCCGUGCAGUAGAGUCGGUAGAGUCGUGUACCUCGCAGACGCAUACACGCUGCAGCGCGGGGGAUUGCUUCUUCUCACUGUCUUCUGCCUGUGCAUAGGAUUUGCUACGGUCGACACGAGCAUUCUCGUAAAUGCCUGCUUGUUGCGCCUUCGGGUGCUCCACCCAGUCGGGAAAAGGGUUGGCUCUCUUUUCUGUGCCUCUUGGAAAGCACGACAAGACAAGGCGUAAAGCGUGGUUGCACAGAAUAGGACGGAAGAACUUCAAGCCGACUAAGUCGAGCAAGCUGUGCGAGCGUCAUUUCACUGAUGACCAGUUCGAGCAAACCAUCUUAAGAAGCUUUGGAACAAAAAAACUCAAAUGUUCUGCUGUGCCAUCUAUAUUUUCCCACCGGCCAGAGAAGCGCCCUAGGAAAGCACCACACCCUCGAGGCGCUGGCAAGCAGACAGUAAUGUAUCCUGCUAUUGUUCCACUUCCUGGCUCUGAUAUGUUGCAACCGGCUGCUGGAGUUGUGCCUACUCCUGGUAAGUUGAUACGCAGUGAUGAAAUUCGCAGUGCAGUGUAUAGCACAAAGUUCAUGGAAACUGUGGCUAUAGUGGCAUUUCUUGCUGGUAACACAUUACAACCCAGCGUAGAAACUGCGCCACACUCUGCCAUUGAGCUAGGGGUGUAG